CUGAAUACUGAAUAGCUCAAGCUAAAGUGCGUGCUGCAGGAUUCAACAGUAUGGAACUUUGAAACAAAUGGGCGAAGAAAUGUGGACGGGGAAGUGUUUCCCGUCUCUGCAAGAAAAAUAGUCCUUCUUGGAGUGGUUUCAGGUGAUAACAAACUUUUGAUUGAUGGAAUCUGCUAG